AUGGUACAACACGACGAUUUUUACUCCAUGACACAUCAAUCAAAGAAGAAACGCAUUGAGGAUGAUCCUCUUCCCGCCGAUGCUGGCGCGAAACCUAUACAGCUUCAGCGGCGUAGAGUUUGGAGGGCAUGUGAAAGCUGUAGGCAAAAAAUCAAGUGCGACGGCUGUGAGCCUACUUGCUCUCAGUGUCAGUCAUCUGGAUCGCAAUGCACUUGGCUUCAGACCAAGGACAGAGCGGCCUUAAGCAGACACUAUGUGCAGGAACUCGAAGCGCGUCUCUUGCACAUGGAGUCGCUGUUCUCUCAGAUCACCCCUGUGCUUGAACAGCUGGGGCCAUCCUUGAAUUUACCUAGCAUUGCUGGUACCGCAGGGAGUGAAGACUUUCCACAGGCUUCCACUGUACUCCAAGCAAUGUCAUCCAAGGCUGUUUCGGACGGCCACAGCAGCAAUGUGUCUUCCCCUGAAUCGUCGACAAUCAAAGUGGAAGACGAUGUCUCCGAGUCUUUCGGACAACUCGCACUGGAUGAGCACGGGCACAUGCGUUGGAUAGGUGGUUCCUCCACCAUGUCACUCAUACAAUCCUUCCGUGCUCUCACGACAUCUCCACUCCAUAGAGUCUCUCCGAUGGAGGAAGACCCGCGUGCACCUGGCCCUAGUGUCAAUAAACUAUAUUUCCCAGCCUCUGUCUUCUUUGGGAAGGUUCACGCUCUUCCAGGCCCAGAAGAGGUCGAAUACCCAGACGAGGAUCUAUGUGAUAAGCUAGUGGACACUUAUUUCAAGCGCCUGCAUUUUCUGAUGCCUGUCCUCGACAAACCCUCGUUCAUGCCAAGAUACAGGCAAUUGAUGGCCAAGCGUGAUGACAUCGAUUUCAUUCAGGCAGAGGCUGCCUUCAUCUCCGUCGUCUUCGCCGUGUUUGCAUGUGCGGCACACAUAGUCGACGAUCCCCGUCUUACUGGCGAGAACCAAGAUGACGGCGGUAUGGGGAUGGUUUACUAUGAAAGAGCACUUAUAUUACAUUACAUCAGCCACGCAUCCAUUCAAGUGUCUCACGUCCAGUGCUUCAUUCUCAUGUCUUCGUUCCUGUGUUCGAUCAACUGUCUUCCGCAGGCCUGGCUACUCGUGGGACAAGCAGUGCGAACUGCUCAAGAUUUGGGUUUGCACCGAUCCCCGCGCCGUCUCACAAUUUCUGCCACUGACAAAGAGACUCGGCGAAAAAUAUGGUGGAGCGUGUACUGCUUGGAUCGCAUGCUCGCUCUCGCUCUCGGCCGUCCACUUGGUAUCGAGGACGCUGACUGCGACGUCGAAAUGCCUGUUGCUGUCGACGAUGAGAACUUGGCAGACUAUUUCAGUGGAGCCAACCUUCCACAAAAAGUCCCAUCGCUUAUGACUGGUGCUCUCGCUUUGACAACCCUGUACCAAAUCGCGGGACGGGUCCUGCGGCAGGUCUAUGCCAUCGAUAACUGUAAGGAUAUUCUCGAGCAAGAGAAACGGGCAGAUCUUCAGCAUUCUGUAGAGGAGCUCGACGACGAGCUUAACAAGUGGUGCGAGGAUCUUCCCGCUACGUUCAGGAACGAGGCGGUCACAGACCAACACGUCUCCAUGGGCGCGGUGCUUUGCAGCCAUUAUUAUUCCGUUUUAACCACGCUACAUCGCAAUUUUUUGCCGGUCAAGCGUGACCAGCCUAUAUUGCCCAAGUCUACCGCCAGAGCCGUUUCAUCUGCCCGCUCCUGCAUACGGCUAGCACCAUCCAUCAGCAAUGUGGUUCCACCCUCGCACCAUCUUGCUUUCUUUAUCCAACACCUUUUUAGCUCCGCUGUCAUCGUCCUUCUCUAUGCCAUGCAUUCUCCCGAUGCCAGAGCAGCAGCUACUAUGGACGAAGCCAAGAGUUGUUUGACGGCACUCGAGUCCUGGGAAGGACGUUGGCCAGGGGCUCGAAAAUGCAAGGAGCUUCUCAUGGAGCUGACCAACACCGCAGAGGAAGCAAUCAGGAAGGGUAGUGGCGAUAGUAGACAGGCACAGAUGAUGCCCAUGGCACCUCCUGCUGCACCUGCUAUGCUUGAACGAAGGCGAUCGCUUGUGUCAUCACCCGGCCAAGUUCCAACGGUAAAUAGACCCAUCAAGAGCAAGCCACGGAGGAUCAGCCGAUCUCGAGAUCCCGCCUCUACUCGACGCUCAAUGGUGUCCUCCCCCUAUCGCGUUGAUUCGCAGCGCAACAGGUCAACAUCGCGCAAGCGUGGUCACGACGAGAGCGAGGGAAUUUCAGGCCCGAGCUUGAGCUACCAAGGCACCUUCUCCAGCCCACAGACAGCACCGUUGAAACCCAGCCCUCACAGCUCUCCAGCGUCUGUGAACCUCCCCUCACCGUCCAUGGCCACACUCGAGACUUCGCAGCAGCAAGAGAGCAGCCCAAACAUCAUGGGUUCUCCGCCGUAUGGUUAUUCUGCUCCCCCACUCUCGCCAUUGCAUGUCUCGUCACCAUAUGACUAUAGCAUGCAUCACAGCCCCCUUAUAUCUUCGAGCACACGCCAGUGGGACACUAAUCCCGCCGAGCCUCGUGGAGUUGAUUUGUACUCAUCUUCUUCGCAGACCAGUUCUCUUCCAUAUGCCAAUUAUGAACCGUCACGAUCUAACACGGACGCUACGUGGUACGGCGGGUCCUCAGAUCAUGGAUACUCGACCCUUUCGAGCACCCCGCCCACUGCUUCAUUCGCAGCUCCUGGACUACCGUUCCUGGGGCUUGAUUACAUUCGCAACUACAAUCCGAACAGUUUCUCAGUAGGUGUUGACCCAGAUUCUCUCUGGCAGUCUUUUGAUGCUGGUGCAUUUGGGUACGACCCUGAGUUGCCCUUCACCCUUGGUGAGGCGGAGCUUCACGAAGGCCAACACUCCUCUCCACCGCACCCUUAGUGCCUUUACAGGACGCUCCUCGUUAAUUGUGUUUUCUUAGUUGAAAUUGUACUUUUAUGCUUUUUUCUUUCUACUUUCUCUGCUUCACAUUUACUUGCGGAUAUGUGAUUCAUUCAAUGAAUGAUAUACCUAUGCACGCACGUUCUCCACCGCCCAAUUUGUUCGAUUGGCCACUCUGUUGUACUUAGAAGCAUAUUACCUACUACUAAUUUUUGACUUCGAGCUUCUAAGACCUUUCCAAAGCCAUAGUAAACGUUGAUGAAAAUACAUCGAUGAAGCCUUGAUGAAUUACUUACCACCCGGUGAUACGAUUGAACACCUUCUGCCGACUACACCGGCUCCGGCUCGGGUAUUAGUUUACCGGUCGAACACUAGGCGCC